GUCCCUUCGGGGACAUCCGAUAAAAUUGGAACGAUACAGAGAAGAUUAGCAUGGCCCCUGCGCAAGGAUGACACGCACAAAUCGAGAAAUGGUCCAAAUUUUUUUUUGAUUCUCCGUCCUGCGAUUUCAGCAACUGUUCUUCGAAUUUAGUCUCGAAAGAUUUUAAUUUUUCAACUUUUUGGUCUUCGCGGAGUCAAGGUGAUUCAACUGGUCUGUAAUUAAGAAGUUAGUUAUUUGCUCAAGGAAGUAUUCGCCUGUUUUAUCCGGUUGUGUCGAACCAAUGCUAUCAGCAAAAUCCUUGGGCAAACUUUUCAGUAAAGAGUAUGCAAGAGAGGUAUUUUUAUGGAGUAGACAAUCCAUAAGUAUGUCUCAGGUAGAUAUCACAAGAAAUGGAGGACUUGGAAGCCUAGGAAGGAAUUAUAGGAUACUUGGUAAUGGCGAUGGUGCUGGAAAUUGCUUUCGUCGUCAUUAUAGCUCCCAGUUCGAUGGCAAACAAUCAGGAAAAUCCACAAAUAAGAUUGUGGGAAAUAUACCAGAAUAUGUGAAGAUAGUUGAAGUUGGUCCACGGGAUGGACUACAAAAUGAGAAGCAUAUUAUCCCAACAGCUAUAAAGGUUGAAUUGAUUAAAAAGCUAGUUUCUUCAGGGUUGCGUGUUAUAGAGGCUUCAAGUUUUGUUUCACCAAAAUGGGUUCCACAGCUAGCAGAUGCGAAGGAUGUAAUGGAAGCAAUUCGAGAUGUUGAAGGUGCUAGGUUUCCCGUGUUAACUCCUAAUCUUAAAGGUUUUGAGGCAGCUGUUGCUGCGGGUGCUAAGGAAGUAGCCAUCUUUGCCUCAGCUUCUGAGUCCUUUUCGAAAUCAAAUAUCAAUUGUAGCAUUGAGGAUAGUCUCAUUCGCUAUCGUGAUGUUGCCCUUGCAGCUAAAAAACUUACAAUUCCUGUUCGUGGAUAUAUUUCGUGUGUUGUGGGGUGUCCAGUGGAAGGAAAGGUACCUCCAUCACAAGUUGCGCAUGUGGCCAAAGAGCUUUAUGCUAUGGGUUGCUCAGAGAUUUCCCUAGGCGAUACGAUUGGCGUUGGUACUCCUGGUACUGUUAUUCCAAUGCUUGAAGCAGUUACUGAUGCUGUCCCUAUUAAGAAGCUUGCCGUCCAUUUUCAUGAUACAUAUGGGCAAGCUCUUUCAAAUAUGCUAGUAUCCCUCCAGGUCGGGAUCACUACAGUGGACUCAUCAGUCUCUGGGCUUGGGGGCUGCCCAUAUGCUAAGGGUGCCUCUGGAAAUGUCGCGAGUGAGGACGUUGUAUACAUGCUUAACGGACUUGGUGUGAAGACCAACGUGGAUCUUGGAAAGCUUAUCUUGGCCGGCGAAUUCAUUUCCAAUCACUUGGGCCGGUCAUCUGGUUCGAAGGUAGCAAUUGCCUUGAGAAAAAAUACUUGUGCCUCCAAGCUGUGAGAAAUGAAAGUCAACCCCAUAUUUGAACAAUCGAAGGUACCGCGGGGACCAGUUUUGAAGUGGCAAAAUGAGGUUCGAGUAAAGCAGCACCAGAGUUUCUGUCAGUUGAGCGAUGUGAAAAGAUGUUCUUUGUUUUAUUUAUUUAUUGGCCUUAUUUAUUUAUAUUUUAUUUUUUUGCUAUUGAUAAGGGAAAGGAAUAUGGUUGCAGUCCUUGUGGAAAUAAGUACUUUUUUUAAUAAUAAAAAAAAAAGACGCAAUGAAAAAACUCAUUUUGGGUUAGAUUGCAUUUGGGAUUAUUUGCACCUUCAUUUGCAACAUAAACCUUCCUAAUGCAGUGGCCAAUAUGAAUUUAUUUAGCUUCCUAAUGAGAGAGGACUUAUCUGGAGGAUUAUUUAGUUAGUUAUAAAAAUGCAUGA